AUGCUGGCUCAGCCGACUAAAGACGUUAGGCCUCACGCCAACCAACCGUCUAUCCCCAUCCGUCAUCGAGCCCUGCCACCAGCCAGGCUGUGUCAGGUAAGCACCCUCACCCUCACACUGCACACUGCACACACAUACUCGCCUAUCAUCCCGGGCCCGGCUUCAUGCAGCCCGCCCUGGUCUCGACAUGUAAGUAACACGCCGGCUCUUGAUCCCGGCUGCAUGUUGUUGUCUCUGGCUGCUUUUCAUGUGCUGCUUCGCAUGCGCUGCAAUCUCCGCGUCGCAAAGUCAAUGGUGAUCCCAGCGGCCUCUCCGUAA